GAUUAAGCGAGAAAACACUCGUUUACUAAUUUAACAAUUGAAAAAAAAAAGUUUUAUUUUAACAAAGUGGUUCUCGUGCUUUUGAGCAACAUUAGAAUUAACGUAAUAUGUGCGGAGAGAAUAUUGCUUGAAAUCCACAAUUUAUUUUUUUAGCCGGAGACAUUGCAGUAUCAGCUUCCGAAUCGCGCGGAUGCAACUGAGCUAUUUGUUCGGUAUUUUAAGUUAUUUUAUUUUAGUUUAUUUUUUUUUCAAGUUCAAAAAAAUCAUAAAAAGUCGCGUGGAGCUAUUGCCGAAUAUUAAGUAAAUAAAUAUUGCGUGAUAUAACUGAAUUGAAUGGUUCCAUUGAACUCUCACAGCUGAUUUAAUAUUUUAUUUUCAUCGUUUGAUGUUUCGCGAUUCCAUCAAGAUUAAUUCGUUGAUAAAAAGCUCUUAUUUGCUCUUUAUGUAUCAAUUAGUGAAGCUGAUUCUGUAAUAUUUAACGAGGUGUUGUGAAGUGAUAUAGUUUGUCUCAACUAUUCAAGUGCAAUUAACUCGUUAACACCUGAUUCAUAAAUAUUGUAAAAUAAAUCAAAACUCUUGUAAAGUCGUGUCAUGAGAAGUUCACAAAACGUCUAAUGUACAUCACUUUGUGAAUGAAUGAUGCGAAUGAGUAGCGGCAAAAAUACUCUGUAAUUAAUUGACACUCGGAGUGCAUCAGUUGGAAGUAAAUGAUUCAGUAUGGAUUCACAAACGAAUGCUCUAUAUGACAAUCAGACAUUUACGCCAAAAUAUGGACUCAGUGAGAUUUCAUUUAAUGCCAAGCACUCGCCAAAAUCAUCACCAAAGCCCACGCUAAAAGGUAUACGAAAGUCAGAAUCAGCUAAGAAAUUUAUCAUUUUAUCGGCUGAAAAAGACAGCGACGAUGGAGCAAGUCCAUUUUUAUCACCGUCAACAAGUUUUGUAAAGCCAAAGCAUCAUUUAAAUGCAAAAUCAUUAAGAACCGGCGAUCCAUCACUAACAUUUUCAAGUCCAAAUGUCUUGAUGGCACCACAAUUUGCUCAUCUUGCAAGAUCUGGAUCUUAUGUGUUUAGUGAUAGCGGAUCAACACGACUAUUUAGCGAUGCAUCAUCAGUAAGAUCAUUAGCAUCAAUCGGAAUGGGUUCAACAGAUGGUAAACGUAUGGUUAUCCGUAAAGUUCCGAAUUCACCGACCGAACUACUCAACUACAUAAAUCCACCAACGCCACCAGAGGAAAUAUACGAGAACGAGAGCUACGAUGUCUCAAAUGAUGAAUUUUAUGAUAAUAUCCAGCCUAGAAGACAGUAUUGGUCAAGUAAAAUACAUUUUGUGUUUGCUUGCAUCGGAUAUUCAGUCGGCCUCUCGAAUGUCUUUCGAUUUCCGUACAUAAUGUACAAAUCUGGAGGAGGUGUCUUCUUAUUGCCAUAUUUCAUCACCCUUCUUCUAUGUGGAAUUCCAGUAUUAUUUAUGGAGCUUUCGAUUGGUCAAUUCACUGGUCGUGGACCAAUCAAAACGCUGGGACAAUUAUGUCCAUUGUUAAAAGGCACAGGAGUUGCAAGUGUGAUAGUUUCUUUUCUCAUGUCUACAUAUUAUAGUGUUAUUAUAGCAUACUCAAUUUUCUACUUUUUCACAUCAUUCCGUAAUGAACUGCCUUGGACUGGCUGUACAAAUCCACGAUGGAAUACUCUAGACUGUUGGAACAUUGCAAAACUAAACUCGAAUUUGACACGCCCAAACAAUCCACAAACGCCUGCUGAAGAGUUUUUCCAAAAUAAAGUUCUUCAAAUGUCGAACGGAAUUGAAUAUCCAGGAGGUAUUCGAUGGGAUCUUGUAGCAUGUCUAAUAUGUGCAUGGAUAUUAGUAUAUUUUGCAAUCUGGAAGUCUAUCAAAUCAUCAACAAAAAUUCGUUAUUUUACCGCAAGUUUUCCUUUCGUUCUCAUCAUAAUUUUCCUUGGAAGAGCUCUAACAUUGGAAGGUGCCGAGAAGGGUCUUCAAUACUUUUUCCGUCCAGUCGAUUGGUCUGAACUUAAGAAUGCAAAUGUAUGGAUAAAUGCAGCUGGACAGAGCUUCAACUCAUUAGGAAUCGCAUUCGGAUCAAUGAUAUCAUUUGCUAGUUAUAAUAAGUAUAAUAAUAAUAUAUUGCAUGAUACAAUUGCUGUAUCGUCCAUUAAUUUCAUCACAUCAAUGCUUGUCGGAAUAUUUUCAUUUGCAACUAUUGGCAAUAUUGCUUUUGAACAGGGAUUACCUAUAAGUAAAGUCAUUGAGGAUGGACCUGGAUUAGUUUUUAUCGUAUAUCCACAAGCACUUGCUAGAAUGCCUGCACCACAAUUAUGGUCAGUUUUAUUCUUCUUUAUGCUCCUGUGCCUUGGACUAAACUCUCAAUUUGCCAUUGUUGAAGUUGUCGUGACAUCAAUUCAAGACGGAUUUCCUAAUUGGAUUAAGACCAAGCUUGUGUAUCAUGAAAUUCUCGUUCUUUUCAUUUGUGUCUUUGCCUUCUUUUUUGGACUACCGAAUAUCAUCAAUUCUGGUAUUUAUUUCUUUCAAUUAAUUGACCAUUAUGUUGCAUCUAUAACGAUCUUGUUUGUGGCAUUCUUUCAAAUUAUUGCGAUUUCGUGGUUUUAUGGAGUUACAAGACUAACGAAAAAUAUUAAGGAGAUGACGAGCAAGAAUCCUUCGAGAUAUUUUACAUUCUGCUGGCUUAUUACCGCGCCUUUGAUAUUGCUGGGAAUCUUCAUACUAGCUCUGUACAACUACGAACCAUUGACAUAUCAAAACGGAACUUAUCAUUAUCCAUGGUGGGCUCAUAUGAUUGGAUGGCUUGUUACAGCAACAACUUUAUUAUGCAUUCCUGCUUUCGGUCUUUUCAAUAUUUGUCGUGCACACGGAGAUACCUUCUUUGAGAAAUUGAAACACACAAUGAAGCCAAACAUCUAUGAAUGCAAAAUAUGUGGAGAGCAUCACUGCGAACACGACUUUCAUGUCCCAGAAGAAGAAGAUGACUUUCGCAUGUUUCCAAUAAUAUUACAACCACCGCCAAAGAAGCAUAGUCAGGCACAAAUUAAUGGAUUAUCAGAUAAAUCAAGCAAUAGUAGCCCAGAGCAAUCAAAAGAAGCUGUCGCAAGCUGUAGUAAAUCUCAAGAUGUCGAAGAUUGAUAUUUUAUGAUUGUUUUAAUCAAUGGACAGUGAAUUGAGUGAGAUUAUGAAAAAUGUCAAGCAAUUUUAAUUAAAGUGUUACCAAAAAUUUUCGAAAUAAAGUUUUAAUUAUGUUGAGGAAUCAAUUAUUGAAAAUUAAA